CUUAGGUUCGGGAGAAGCUAAAGUUCUGCAGGAACCCCGUCCGCCCUGGGACAGUCCAGCCGCGGGGACUUACUCUGGUUGGAGUGCGUGCAGGUGGUCCCGGCUCCCCACCGGAAAAGGUGGACCACUAGGUUUAGAGACAAGGCAGCGUCUAAAGUAGGCUUUGGAGAGGACUCCUGGGAGGAGCGCGCGGGGCAGGCUGGAAAGCAGAAGGGACAGCCCGGACUGGUACUGAGUGUCGGGAACCGACGGAGCGGGCCUCCUCUUGGGUGCUGAAGUCACAACCCCGGCGAGCCCUCUCGCCUCCCACGCUCCCUCUGUCCUUCAGCCUGCGGGAACCCAAAGCACAGAGGGCCCAGAGGAUCGUGGAGAAUGAAGAAAUAGCCUUGGGACCCUUGGAAAAUGAGGCCGACGCCCCUGCUGCAGCUGGCGCUGCUUCUCGCCCUGCCCAGGACCCUGGGGGGGAAAGGGUGUCCGUCUCCCCCCUGCGAGUGCCACCAGGAGGAUGACUUCAGAGUCACCUGCAAGGAUAUCCACCGAAUCCCCAGUCUCCCGCCCAGCACGCAGACUCUGAAGUUUACAGAGACUCAUAUGAAAACCAUUCCCAGUCGUGCAUUUUCAAAUCUGCCCAAUAUUUCCAGGAUCUACUUGUCAAUAGAUGCAACUCUGCAGCGGCUGGAAUCACAUUCCUUCUACAAUUUGAGUAAAAUGACCCACAUAGAGAUUCGGAAUACCAGAAGCUUAACUUCCAUAGACCCUGAUGCCCUAAAAGAGCUCCCCCUCUUGAAGUUCCUUGGCAUUUUCAACACUGGACUUGGAGUAUUCCCUGACCUGACCAAAAUUUAUUCCACUGAUGUCUUCUUUAUACUGGAAAUCACAGACAACCCUUACAUGACUUCCAUCCCUGCCAACGCUUUCCAGGGGCUGUGCAAUGAAACCCUGACACUGAAACUAUACAACAAUGGCUUUACUUCAAUCCAAGGACAUGCAUUCAAUGGGACAAAGCUGGAUGCUGUUUACCUGAACAAGAAUAAAUACUUGACAGCUAUUGACAAAGAUGCAUUUGGAGGAGUGUACAGUGGACCAACCUUGCUGGACGUCUCUUACACCAGCGUCACUGCCCUGCCAUCCAAAGGCCUAGAGCACCUGAAGGAAUUGAUAGCAAGAAACACGUGGACUCUAAAGAAGCUUCCACUUUCCUUGAGUUUCCUUCACCUCACACGGGCUGACCUUUCUUAUCCGAGCCACUGCUGUGCUUUUAAGAAUCAGAAGAAAAUCAGAGGAAUCCUUGAGUCCUUAAUGUGUAAUGAGAGCAGUAUUCGGAGCCUACGUCAGAGAAAAUCUGUGAGUGUUUUGAAUGGCCCCUUUGACCAGGAGUACGAGGAGUAUCUGGGUGACAGCCAUGCUGGGUACAAGGACAACUUCAAGUUCCAGGAUACCCACAGCAACUCUCAUUAUUACGUCUUCUUUGAAGAACAAGAAGAUGAGAUCCUUGGUUUUGGCCAGGAGCUAAAAAACCCACAGGAAGAGACCCUACAGGCCUUUGAUAGCCAUUAUGACUACACUGUGUGCGGGGGCAAUGAAGACAUGGUGUGUACUCCCAAGUCAGAUGAGUUCAAUCCCUGUGAAGACAUAAUGGGCUACAAGUUCCUGAGAAUCGUGGUGUGGUUUGUUAGUCUGCUGGCUCUCCUGGGCAAUGUCUUUGUCCUGAUCAUCCUCCUCACCAGCCACUACAAACUCACUGUCCCACGCUUUCUCAUGUGCAACUUGGCCUUUGCAGAUUUCUGCAUGGGGAUGUAUCUGCUCCUCAUCGCCUCCGUAGACCUCUACACUCAUUCUGAGUACUACAACCAUGCCAUUGACUGGCAGACAGGCCCUGGGUGCAACACAGCUGGUUUCUUCACUGUCUUUGCCAGUGAAUUGUCAGUGUAUACACUGACAGUCAUCACCCUGGAGCGCUGGUAUGCCAUUACCUUCGCCAUGCGCCUGGACCGGAAAAUCCGCCUCAGGCAUGCAUAUGCCAUCAUGUUUGGGGGCUGGGUUUGCUGCUUCCUGCUUGCCCUGCUCCCUUUGGUGGGAAUAAGCAGCUAUGCCAAGGUCAGCAUCUGCCUGCCCAUGGACACUGAGACACCUCUUGCCCUGGCAUAUAUUAUCCUUGUUCUAUUGCUCAACAUAGUUGCCUUUAUCAUUGUCUGCUCCUGUUACGUGAAGAUCUACAUCACAGUCCGAAAUCCCCAGUACAACCCAGGGGACAAAGACACCAAAAUUGCCAAAAGGAUGGCUGUGUUGAUCUUCACUGACUUCAUGUGCAUGGCCCCAAUCUCAUUCUAUGCUUUGUCAGCACUGAUGAACAAGCCUCUCAUCACCGUUACCAACUCCAAAAUCUUGCUGGUUCUCUUCUAUCCACUUAACUCCUGUGCCAAUCCAUUUCUCUAUGCUAUUUUCACGAAGGCCUUUCAGAGGGAUGUAUUUAUCCUGCUUAGCAAGUUUGGCAUCUGUAAACGACAGGCCCAGGCAUACCGGGGCCAGAGGGUUUCUCCAAAGAACAGCACUGGCAUUCAGGUCCAAAAGGUUACCCGGGACAUGAGGCAAAGUCUCCCCAACAUGCAGGAUGACUAUGAACUGCUUGAAAACUCCCACCUAACCCCAAAUAAGCAGGGCCAAAUCCCAAAAGAGUAUAACCAAACAGUUUUGUAAGCUGACCCUACACUACUCACAGUGGUAGGGGGACUUUUAAAAGGCUGGUUUCUUGAACAUGUAUUCCAAACCCAUUACAUACACAAGACAGCUGACCUAACCCUUGUGCAGGUGAUGUUUCAUGGGGCAAAAGUUCAUCUUUGGAGAGGGGAUAGCAUUGCCACCUAAUCAUUACCUCCCAGAAGGAAGAGAGGUUACCAGCAUGUCUGAAUCCCAGGUGAUAUCAAAAUAACUGACACUUUCUAAAGAAAACUUGCUUGACGCUAACCACAGUGACAACAUUGUGUAAGAUGCUCAACAGAGAUCAACUGAACCAGAUCAACACUGAGCUUCUCACUUGUAGAUAGCGUUUCAUACUAUAAAGAUUCAGCAAAUGGCAAAUGCUAUUAACUUAGUUGGUGACCACAAUAUAAAAUUAGCCCCAUGUUGGCGUGGUCUCCCUUCAUGUUCCUGGAUACAACCAAAGACAAUGUGAAUUCCUCAAAACUGAAAAGUCGAACAGGAUACAUGCAUGGAGCAGCUAUUAUGAGGUGAAGGAGGGGAAAGGCUUAGCUUUGAGUUGUUUUUUUCAGACUCUGAAACUAUUAAUCAUCUCUUCACAAGGAUCUACCUGAUGUGACCCCACUAUUAUGUGUUGCCUGGAAAAAAAAAACUGGCAAGAUUUCAGCUUAUGUGGCUGAGCGAACUAAGAAUUGUUCUUCUUGGCUGGUCUCUUAGCAGAAAAGACAUGAACUCUAGAACGAUAUCUAAGUAGCAGCAAGUGGGAAUUAUGAGCAGAGCACACUAAAUCACCCAUUGAUUAAUAAAGCAGGCUGGACACAAGGUAACUGUUGGCCCUUGGGCAAAUCACGGGGCCACUUCUAAGUCUAGAAAUGAAAGAGCUUGAUGGCCUCUUCCAGUUUUAAAACUCUAUGUAUAUCCCUUUCCCUUAAAACAUGUUUCCAUGACCAAAAAGUAAAGCACUAAGAAAGAAGAAUCUGUUUUUCCUAUCUUGUAGGACCACCAUAUUUUUCUCUUUGGAGCCUAGACAUAUGACCCAGGAAAUUUCUUCUUUGCUUAUUUUCUGGUUAUGAUGUCUCAACCAUAUUGAGCUGGAUCUGAAUCACUCAUUGAAUUACUAGAUCUACACAGCUACAAUUAUCAGGCCAAAAAGAGAUUGGUAUUCAUAUAAGAGAUUAAAAUGUGGUUUUGCAAAUUCUGGUUAUUCAGAGUUACUACAAUUACUACUUCACUAUGAAGAUUCACUCGAAAACAUUUAACUUGUCUUCAGGGAUUUGUUUCUUUACUUAUUUGUUUCCAACCCACAGUAGGUACUAAAGCUAUCAAACACUCAAGGAAAGCAAUACUAAAGUUAUCAAGAGAAGUUUCUUCUCUCUGACACUGCUAGCUCUUUCCAACCUGUUGAUCAUCAGACAUAAUUUCUAUUCCCCAACAGUGCUCCCUUACUUAAAAUGGUUAGGAUCAAUCUUUAUCCAUAGACGAACUCUCCAGAUUUUCUGUCAAAACAGUCCCUUAAUUUCAUCCCAACCAGAGAUGGAUUUGCUUCUCAGUGCUCACGAAGCACACCAAGGAAUUCGAAGCUUUUGUUGUGUUAAGUCUGUGGAGUACGGUUAGUGGGCCCAAUGGGCCCCCAGAGAUGGUCCCCCUGACUCCCCUAGGAUCUCCCCAUAGCAAUACCCAUUUCUGAUUAUCACUGAGACUUGGACAUCUUCAUAGAAAUAUUAUACACAGUUGAAAUCAUGACUUAUCCACCAAUUCACUUGUAACUAAUGAAACUAAACAGUUGUGUUACCUUUUGACAUGUGUUUCUCACCUGUGACCUUUUGAAAUAGUACAUCCUGAUAAAUAAUGUGUUUUAUCUUGAGUAGUUGAAAUAACACUUUGGAAGCAGUCCUAGAAAAGUAACUUCAACACAAUUUUAUUACUAGAAUUUGCAUUCAAACAUGAAAUAAAUUUUC